AUGAUAAGGAAAAUCAUCGUUUUGUUUUACGGGAUUGGAUUUGUGGUAGCAUCUCCAAAAUGCAGUGACGAGGAAGCAUCGAAAUGCAUUCCUGAAGAUGGGGAAGAUCUUUUUAAACUAGAAAACACUUGGCCCGGAACCGAAGAACGUUUGGCAGAAAUUUGUCCCGUAAUAUCUACACAACUGGAUUGUGCAAUAGCUUUUGCGGAACGAUGUCCUCAUACACGAAUUGGAUUGUACUUGGAGGGACUGAAAAGACAUAAAAGUCUGUACAACAAGUUAUGCGACAAGUCAAACGAUUUUAGAGCAAAGUACUUGAAGCUCAUAUCUUGUGUGAAUGAAAAAAUUUCAACUAUAAGCAAUGAGUGCGAGGAACAUUUGGAUAUGCUUGCUGCUAAUUUCCAGUGUACGAAAUCUGUUCAAGACUACAAAAAAUGUGUUAAUGAUAUCAUAAAAGAUGAUUGUGGAGUGGAGCAUGCUGAUGUCUUCAGUGUCAUUUAUGAAGCAAGAGUACCAAUUUAUGAAGUAGCAUGCGAGGAAAUUUACGAAACGCUAAAGGACUUAGGAGUUAUUUCAUAAAAUUAGGACAUUAUAACUUCCCAUGAUACCACGGAAAUUCUCAAUCGCCUCUCUUUCUCUCUAGGGAAAAAAAAAGCAUAUUAUAUUGAAAGAAAAAUUAAGAUAUGAAGCUAAAUAUUUUGUAGCACUAACGGGAUUAAGCACCCUACUAUUGUAAGCCUCUAAGUAGUACAAAUAGAAGCUCACACACAAAAAAAAAAGGAGUGAGAGAGAAAACCUCCUGGUAUUAUUUUAACUGAAGAAUACUAAUUUUCUUACUAGACGGAAAAUAGUUUGAAUAGCAAAAGUUGCCGUUCAGUGCUAUUCCCUAUCAUGGAAAUACUUUUGAACAACUAUUUUUUAUUUUUGUGUUAGACUUUUCUAUUAAAAUCUUAAAAUUUACUGUUUAAUUUAUGCAUUAUAAGUAGUAAAUAGGACACCGUAAACUCACGAUUAUCCCCAAGUUACUGAUUAUACGUGACCAUCACGGGAAGUACUAUACUCGAUUAGAAAAAAGAAGACAGAUCGAUAAUGUCAUGCUUGUUGCGUAGCUCAUGGUUUUAUUAAGUUUCCGCAGUACGA